CCAAAAAUGACAGCGAAUAAGGUUAGAUAACUCGUCAGUCGUCGUCCAGUUUGCUUGCGUGCCGUACGUCUGGGUGUCGGUGUCGAGGUUCCGCACGUCCUACGUCCAGCCGGUCACCACACAAGACCAGUCCACCUUUGUACGUACACAUGUGAUCUCCUUCUCCACUUUCUCGCUGGACGUGCAGGCCGUGCCGAACGAUUUCACCUUCACCUGUCUCCAAACCCGAACACUUCCACCUUCCUACACCGCUCACUCGCUUCGCGUUGCUGUAACAGUAUCGAUUUUCCGUGCGUAGAAAAGCGGAAAAGUCAUCGUGACAUUGUCGCCGUGAUAAAUUCCAUACACAUGAAAUUCUAACUCUACCCAACUGGAUAAUAAAGAAAAAAUGGCGUAAAAAGAACGACUGCAGAUGCAAACAAAAUAAUUUGAAGUAAAAACCUGGAAAAUUAAGGAAAACUAACCGGAAAUCAUGCCGAAAUACUUCGAGCAGAUAACGACCUUCAACUUUAGCUGGGAUCAAGUUGCGAGAGGAUUCUGGGUGCGAUAUCCCAACCCAAACAGUAAACAUGUAUUAACUGAAGAUACAGUGAUGAGAGAAGUCAAAGAUGGUUUACUUGUCUCCAAAAGACUUCUAAGCAAAACAAAUUCCACACCCAAGUGGGCAGAGCGAUUUAUCAACACCAAACAGGUUUUUAUCGUGGAGGAAUCACAUGUGGAUCCAAAAACCAAAACAUUGACAACCUACACACGAAAUUUAGGCUUUGCAAAAGUCAUGAGUGUCACAGAAAAAGUUGUCUACACAGAAUGCGGCGUAAAUCCAAGUAACACCAUCGCUGUGAGGUCGGCAUGGAUUGAUUCUCAGGUGAAAGGAUUCAGCAAAGCAAUUUGUGCGUUUGGAUAUGAACGGUUUAAGAAAAACUGUAAUAAAAUGGCACUUGGAUUUAACCACGUCCUAGGCAACUUAUACCCUCAUCAGAACCCUCUGACAGUUGCCCACUACACAGCAGCCACCAGUAAACUAAAAGACGCCGCCAAGAACGCUUCAGAGUUGGCGAAAGCCAAAGCCGCACCGAUUUACGCGUCCUUACAACCCAAUCAAUCAUAAAACACUAAAAAAAAUGUUGAUAAUUUUUAAUUUUUAUUUUAACUUUACUGCCUUCACGUGCAAGUCAUCAACAGGCAUUUAUCGAUACGAUGUUAACAGUUAAUCAUUCCGCUGAUUUGUUUAAACCGAGAAAUUCUAUACACAAUGGAGUGGUCAUUGAAUAAUAUAUAUAAAUUGUUUAGGUGUUGUAACGCAGGAGGAACAAAGAAGAAAGGAACCUAUUGGCAGAAAAUUUCUUUAUCUUUGUCUUUCGCGUUCGUGUUGAUUUACGAAUGUUAGAUAGCAAGAUAACAGACACCUAGGAUUAGCUAUGAUUAUAUUAGAUUAUAUUGAUACAAAAGUAUUAAGAUAUUAAUAUUGAUAGUUUAUAUAUAAAAAUAAUGUAACGAACGAAAUCAAAUGGAGAAAAAUAAUCGUAAGACUAAGACUAGUCAAAGUCAAGAUAUUAUUGAUAAUAAUUGUUGAAAAUCAUGCCAUACGAUUAUAGUCGAUAUUAGUUGCUAGUGAAAUGCAAAUUGUGUAAUUUUAUCAUCGGAUUUGUUGAGUUUUGGGAGUUAUUAGCAAAGAUGAAUGAUAUUUUAGAAUAUUUGAUGAUUUUGUGGUGGGGGAACAAAUGGCGCACGUAGAAUUUUAUUCCAUUAUUCAAGUAUUUUGUAAAUAUAUUAAUUAUUGUCUAAUGGCA